CACAGGCGUGUGGGGCGGUUCCGAGGCGAGUUUGGCGCUGGGAAGCCUAAGAGGAUAAGACCUAAAACCUAUUUUGGAUAGAGAAUAUUGGAAUAUUGAAUCAUUUAGCUAAAAAUGGUAUUUUUUACAUGCAAUGCAUGUGGAGAAUCCGUGAAGAAAGUUCAAGUGGAAAAGCAUGUGACUAUCUGCAGAAAUUGUGAAUGCCUUUCUUGCAUUGACUGUGGUAAAGAUUUCUGGGGUGAUGACUAUAAAAACCACGUGAAAUGCAUAAGCGAAGAUCAGAAGUAUGGAGGCAAAGGUUAUGAAGGUAAAACCCACAAAGGCGAUAUUAAGCAGCAGGCAUGGAUUCAGAAAAUCAAUGAAUUAAUUAAAAAACCCAACGUCAGCCCCAAAGUGAGAGAACUUUUAGAACAAAUUAGUGGUUUUGACAACAUUCCAAGGAAAAGGGCAAAAUUUCAGAAUUGGAUGAAGAACAGCUUAAAAAUUCACAAUGAGUCGAUCCUGGAGCAGGUGUGGAGUAUCUUUUCUGAAGCUUCCAGGAAUGAACCAGUCAGUGAGGGGCAAGAUAAACAGCCGCUCAACCAGGGGGCCAAUCCGUGUGCAGAAAUCUCCACCAAGGCUCCAUCUGCCGGUGCGUGCAAAGCCCCGGAUCAGCAGGCAGAGAUGAAGAAGAAUAAGAGAGACAGGAAGGAAGAGCGGCAGAAGAACAAGAAAAAAGAAAAGAAAGAACUAAAAUUAGAAAACCAACAGGAAAAUUCUAGAAGUCAGAAGCCUAAAAAGCGCAAAAAGGGGGAGGGGGCCGAGCCAGAGGCUGGCAGUGCGGGGACCCCCGAGGCCAACGGCACAGCUAGGAAGAGAGACAAGAAGAAAAGGAGCAAAGGCGAGUGCACUACAGAGGGGGGCGUGAACGGAGACCGGGGUCGGGAGGAAGACUCUGCCAAGGAGGAAGAGACAAAAGCAGGCGCCAGAAAACGAAAACGGAAGCAUUCUGAAGGUGAAGCAGACUCUAAGAGGAAAAGGAUGAAGCCCCCAGGACAUUCUGAGGGCGGAGAAAGGGAAGACCAUAACCCUCCUGUGAAAGGUAAAUUCAACUGGAAGGGAACUAUUAAAGCAGUUCUGAAACAAGCCCCGGACAAUGAAAUAGCAGUCAAGAAGCUAAAGAAAAAGGUUUUAGCUCAGUACUACGCAGUGACAAAUGAGCAUCACAGAUCCGAAGAGGAGCUCCUGGUCAUUUUUAACAAGAAAAUCAGCAAGAACCCUGCCUUUAAGCUAUUAAAGGACAAAGUCAAGCUUUUGAAAUGAACAUUUUCAUAUUUCAAAAAUAAAUCUGUUCUGUCGUUGACUUCUUCCUUUCACUGUUUAGAAAAUAUGUAAUGAAUUCUGGCAACUCACGUUUUACUUUCCAAAGCUGUAUUUUUAAGUUAAAGAAAAUAUAUAUUUUUGGUAGAACUUUUA